AUGGCCAGCAAAUAUCCCGAGAUCCAAGGUGGAGGAUCCUUGAUCCUCGCCUGGCAAGUUCGAGGGAAGAAUGUCCUCGUCAUCGGCGGUGGUGAGGUCGCAGCCGGCCGCAUCGUCCACGUCCUAAACGCCGACGCGCACGUCACCGUCGUCUGCCCCCGCUCCGGCCUCAACGACGAAGUCGCCCACCGCAUCGCCGCCGGCCAAGUCACUCACAUCGACCGCCCCUUCGCGCCCUCCGACCUCGACGACGCCGCCAUGGUCCUUUGCGCCGUCGACGACCCCGCCGCCUCGACAGAGGUCUACCAGCUCUGCCAGGCGCGGCGCAUCCCCGCGAACAUCGCGGACGUGCCGCCCGAGUGCGACUUCUACUUCGGCAGCGUGCACCGCGACGGGCCGCUGCAGAUCAUGGUCAGCACGAACGGGAACGGGCCAAAGAUGGCGAAUAUUGUGAGGCGCAAGGUGGCGGAGGGGUUGCCGGAGAAUGCGGGAGCGGCGAUUCUGAAGGUGGGGGAGCUGCGGAGGAAGUUGAGGGAGGUGGCAACGACGGCGGAGGAGGGGCCGAAGCGGAUGAAAUGGAUGUCGAAGGUCUGCGAGGCAUGGCCAUUGGAGGAUCUAUGUGAUAUGGACGACGGCGACAUGGAGAAACUUCUGGGACAUUAUCAGGAGGCCAACGUGCCAUCACUCGCGCAGAUUCGGGCGGGGUGA